GGAAGCGGGCGUGGAGGGGGGAGGUUAAUUACUUUAGUUCACAAGCAAAGCCCAAAUUUAGAACAUGAGGGAAGCGAGAGCGAGUCACUUGCAUUGGGCGAGGCGCCGGACAAGGAUGUUGAAACAAGCCACUGCGGAUCCCCGGCGGAUCGCUGGCAGAGCUCUUGCUUUGCAGAUGCCCCGAUCUGUGCGAGCGAUCGUGACGUCGAAGGCGGCUAUGCAAUGUCAUGUAGGUCAGGAAAGGAAAGUCGUGUCGCUCGUAUGUCCAGUGGACUUUGUGUCGCCGAGACACCUUACGCGCGGAAUACAGAUAUUAGGAGACGCUGCAAGAGUUGCAAGACAGUGUACAUGGUAUCUAUGUUGACUCCUCUCAGUAACGCCGGUCUUCGAGAUAUAAUGCAAGUGUGAGGUAGUGCGAGGGCGGCGUUAAACAGAUCUAGGGAAUCCCUAGGAAGGACCAAACUCCAAGGCUCGAUAAUGCGUGGGGUAACUAGAUUCAAAAUGCACGGCAAAUGACUGAAAAAAGCAAAAAGAAGGUGA